UCUGAUUGCUCCACCAAUGCGCAUGCGCGUACCGAGCGCGCGCUAAUUGCAUGCAGUUAUCGCAUCCGCAUUCCAAACAAAACUAGUGCAAUUUGCGGUUGACGCACGGCGUUUUAGUGGGUGCGGCGCGGCGGGAAAAGAUGGGCGUGUUCCCGCCUAUAUCUACCCGCCAAAUAUAACCGCUUUUUCUCCCAGAAUCUCUUCAUCUCCACACCACACACAAAAGGUGAAUGGACCUCCAGAUCCUCAGCAGUAAUCCGGGGUGCAACGGAAGCUUCCUGCUCGGACCCUUCUCACCCUUCCCCUGUGACUGCGUCGUCGAGAAGAUGACGGACUCUUCACAAUUCUCGCUGGACGGCCUCGCCGAAGACGAGCCCGAUUCUGUCCUUGUCUGCAAAGAGGAGGAAGAGAGCUCUCCUAAACCGAUUCACUUGCAAGACGACAAUAUGCCCGCACCGGAGGAAAACCGAGAAGAAUUCACACUCUCAGCGGAAACAGUCAACCCGACGUCUGAAAAGAUCGGACCGGAGUGCUUCGACCUCCUAAAAGUGCUCGGGAAAGGCGGCUACGGAAAGGUUUUUCAGGUCAGGAAACGCACAGGGAAGGACGCCAACAAGAUCUUCGCAAUGAAAGUCCUAAAGAAGGCAGCCAUAAUCAGAAGCAAGAAGGACACGAUUCAUACAAAGUCAGAGAGGUCAAUCCUGGAGGCGAUCAAGCAUCCGUCCAUUGUCAGUCUCCACUAUGCAUUCCAGACACACCACAAACUCUACCUGAUCCUGGAAUACCUGAGUGGAGGGGAGCUGUUUACCUUGCUGGAGAGAGAAGGAGUGUUCCUGGAAGAUUCAGCUAGCUUCUAUCUGGGAGAGAUCACGCUCGCUCUCGGCCAUCUUCACAGCAACGGCAUCAUUUACAGAGACUUGAAGCCGGAGAACAUAAUGUUGAAUAGCGAGGGACACGUGGUGCUCACAGACUUUGGGCUCAGCAAAGAAUCGCUCUACGGAGACGCCACGACACACACUUUCUGUGGAACUGUUGAAUACAUGGCACCGGAAAUCCUCCAGAAGACUGGCCAUGGAAAGAGCGUAGACUGGUGGAGUUUGGGGACCCUCGCCUACGACAUGCUGACUGGAGCACCUCCAUUCUGUGCCGAAAACCGAAAGAGAACGAUAGACAAGAUACUCCGUUCAAAACUAGUUUUCCCCGGCUACAUCACUGUCGACGCCAAAGACCUCAUCAAGAGAUUACUGAAGAGACACCCACCUAACAGACUGGGUAGUGGGCCCAAGGACGCCACUCCUAUCAAGAACCACUCAUUCUUCAGAAACAUGGACUGGGACGGUCUGUUGGCUCAGAGAAUAGAACCUCCCUUCAAGCUGGGCAUGUCAUGCGAAGAAGACGUGAGUCAGUUUGACAGCAAGUUCACAGAACUGACACCAGUCGACACACCAGUUGACUCCAAGAUCAGCGACAGUGCAAGCCUCACGUUCCAGGGAUUCUCAGUACGUGGCACCUUCUCUCGUGGCAGAGGAGCUGGAACUGAAGCAAAGACCGAGGUCACCCAGGAAGGGGCUCAUGUCUCCGAGACUUAAAUCUGCGCCCACAAAACAAGUUUUUGGCUUCCCCCUCCCUCCCGGCUCUGUGACCUCCAUGACCCCUGUCGUAUCUUCUUUCCACCCCCUCGAAUCUCAGUUACCGCCCGUAGUACCGAUGAAAAUUACGUCAACUGGUUCUGGAUCCAGUUCUGGGAUAUCGGAUGAGGACAGUACAGACUCCACCCACUCCCAAGAGGAGGGCCCUGGUUCCCGUGGAAACAGCGACAACAGACGAUGUCGUAAGGGGAGUCCCCAUUCAGUGUCUCCACCCAUCGAUGUGGUGGGACCAUUCCAAGCAACAACCAACAGAAGAGUAACUCCACCCAGUAGUAACAGACCAGGUCACCUGCGGCUCACAUGACAAAGGACGAUGUCAUCACGACAUCAUCACACGUGUGUAAUCAUGCAGGCAGCCAAUCAUUUUUGUCACAUCUUUAUUUAUUAUCAUCUGCACCUCGACUGUACAGACAGCCAGCACACAGCCAGCAAGCAAAACAGAGAGAAAUAUUUGAGUUCAUAGAAGGGAGCUAUUAUAGAGAGAGUUGAAGAGAUGUUGAAGCUAUUAUUUUUAUUUAUUGUAUAUACAAGUAUUUUAUUUAUUGUUGAUGACUGAUCAAUGAACGUUUCGAGACACAGUGGCAGAGCGAAGAAGACACGUUAGCUGCUGUCGAGAGGUUCAAGACGGCUGAGAACCCGUUCUGCUCAGCUACACAACGUCGACCCAGUCCCAUCCUCUUGGUCUCUCUCCUUGAGCAUUCAUUCUGUCGGCCAUUUUUCUCUUGGCUCUCUUGGUCAGCACCUCCUUUUUCUCUCUUCUCCUCUCGUUUCCUUCUGCCUCUCCCCUUUCCACACCCACCCCCCCUAUCUCCCCCUCCCCCUCUUCUCCUCCCUCUCUCCCUCCUCUCCCUCCACAACCUUAUCACUUGGCAUCAGAGCCA